CGUUGUCUCCCGAAUGUUCGCUGAUUGUGCGAUUGUGCCAGUUGGAGAGAGCUAAAUAUACGUUUUUCACAUUAAAAAAUAUAAUUCCAUGAGAAAAGUGAAACGAAAGAACUUUUAUAGUGCCUCUUAGGUUAUAAUGAACCCAGAGGAGAAUCAAGAUUCGGACCAGCCAGCCGAAAACUGGUUACAAAAUUUUGAAGAUGAAUGUCUGGACGAACUUGAUUCAGAACCAAACAUGGAGGACAGAUUGCAAGCUGAAAAAGAAUACGCAGUUAAAAAGCUGUGGUUGACCUUCCAGAAUUCUGCUACAGCGAUUGCUCAGUUAUAUAAAGAUCGACAACAAGGUCUUUCAACAUGGCUUCCUUUCCAGAGUGCCGCAUUAUCGCUAACUAAUUUGUACAAAGAUAGUAUAGACUCUUUGCAAACAUGUGUGGAAUUUGGCAUCCAGUGUGGAAAGCAGCACAAAACUAGAGAUAUUAUUGCCUGGGCGAGAAAAAAGAGAAGACACAUAAGGCGGGAAGAACUUGUGGCAUUUUUGUGUGGAAAGACUGCCCCACCUCGAAAUCAUCGACACAGCAGUUCAUCGAUGAGACCAAUUCCGCGUGUUGGACUUGAGAGAUCUUCGCCUCGUGUUCCUCAAAGUGAAUCGGAUGUUGUGGAGCAGGACUUAGAUGCUUUCCGGGAAGCUAUUGCACUACAAGGAUUAAAUGGUGCAAUGUCUAACAUUAGUGUCGGGUAUGGCGCACAUGCAGGUGGCCCUCAGCCAGCCUGGGGAAAUAUUGAAGAACUCAACCGAUUUAUCCAUGAUGAAUUUUCAAGAAAUGUAGGUUCAAGAAAAAGGACAACGUCUCCCGAUGUCGUCAUAGAUUCUCCAUCGAGAAAACGAAGUCGACUUCUUUAAUUUAUUGUCUUUGUUUUGUGAUAUUUAGAACCUUUUUCUUUAAAAAAAAAAAUUUUGAUAUGAAGUCAGAAAAACAACUUGGAGUUGAAUUGCUGAUUGGUUCAAUUAAUGAACACUUUUGGUGUAAAAUGAUCAUUCUUUGUUCAAGACCAUGCCUGUGCACAUACAGUAACAAAACUUGGUAUUAGCUGGAUUCAAACUUAAAACUGCAUCAUUUGUGUAGUGUUUGGACUCAAAAGUUUGACCCAACUUCUGACCAAAUGUUUUUGAAGCAAUGUGGCCCUAGUUUUUUAGCAGGUAUGUUGCUUGAUAAUCAAAUUUUGUGCCAGUUUACUUACAAGUGGUCCAAAAUCUGCAUGUUUGAACCUUAAUUUGACCAGUAAUAAAAUGUGUGUCAUUUUGCCAUCCAUUUCAGAUUCCUAGGUGGGAAAAUUGUAGAUUAUAGUUUUGAAAUUAGAAUACUUUGUCAUCGUAGGUUAGUACCAUUUCAGUGUAAUGGAGCUGAUACUAAAAUUUAUACCAUUUGUAAAAUGUAACAAAAAAAUAUAUCAUCAAUCUUAUUUCUGUGUUGGUUGAAGUUAAUGUAUCAUUUUUGUUUGUUUUUAAAUGGCAAUGAGGUCAGCGACUUUAUGAUUAGAAUAUUAUUAGCAGGUCCUUUUCAGUAUGUUAUCAUACAUAUUUGUUUUUGUUUUUUAAAAACAAUCCAGCUAAAUAGGGUUAGCUCUGCCACUUGCCAGAAUCUCCAGUUGUGAAUUUUAUUUUAAUUUGACAAAAUAAUUGAGUUUUAAUUGAUAUUUUAUAUAUAUAUAUAUAUAUAUAUAUAUAUAUAUAUAUAUAUAUAUAUAUAAAAUAAGAACAGAAAGUUUCUGAAAUUUUUUAAGUCGAAUUAUUUGAUGAAAGUUUCUGCUCUACUCUAGCCCAGCUAAACUUUUAUCACUAGUUUGAUAAAUAUUGAAAUUAUUUAUUUUAAAAGAUACUAAUUAAAUUUAAAAUAUGUUGCAAAGAAAAGAUAUGUUUUUAAUGGAAUCCAAUUUGCUUGCACUCGGUCAGAUCUUUUGCAUGGCUUAGUAUUUAACAGUUGUACCCUGUUGUGGACUUGUUUAGUUCAUGUAAUCACCUCACAAAUUGUAUUACAUUCAAUAUCCACUCAUACCAUCUGAAUUAAAUAUUUUUUAUUAUUCAUUAUUGAAAGAUAUUGGGGGUAGUUGAUACUUAAACCUGGGUGUAAUUUUUUUAAAGAACAUUUGUCUUUAAUGGGGUUAAAGAAAAAUUAAAAAAUGUCAUCUGUUAUGCUAUUAAAAUCUGUCGUAACUGUAUAAAAACAUAAAACAGUUUAUCAAAAAAUUAUCCCUUAUCUUGCAUAGAAAUAUUAAUGUGUUAUGUAUAUAUGUAUAUAUACAUAUAUGUACAGUGUGUAUAUUACCAAAAAAAAUGGUUUUCUUUUGUACAUAAAUGUAUUACCUACAUGGUUUACAAUAAACAGUAACAUAAUUAUCGUUAUGGCCAUAACAUCACUAGACAACACAGACUGCAAGUUUGCAGCAGAUACACUUUGUUAAAUUGACAUUGAUGUGGCUCUAAUUCUGCAAUUUGCAUUCAACAAGAAAACACAAUUAAGUUGAAUAAAUACAUACAUGGUAGCUGGAUUUAUAUUUUAUUCUCAUAAUUACUGUAAUAGGAGCUAGUUACUACAGGUGUCCAGUUUUAAUAUUGAGCAACAUUAUCUUGUGGCAAUGCAAAUAGUGUUUUUAAAAAUAUUGUAUUUUAAAUAUAUAUUUUUUGUGCAGAUGUUAUGCAUGAAGCAUAUAUUUAUUUAGAAAUUUGAUACUGUGAUAGGCGGUCACUAAUUUAUUAUUUGCCAUAAAGAAUUUCAAUUCUCUAACCAUAGAUGAAUCUUUGUGAUUUAAGUCUUGUAGUCUGUGUAGUUGUCUGGAUUCUAUUUGGGUUUUUUAGUUGAAAUAAAAAAAAUAUACCUGCAUUUCACACCUGAAAUAAACUGAUGACAAAUAUGUGACAAAGAUUUACAGUUAAUGUAUCUUUAAUACAUAACUGUUUAUUUCGUUUGAAAAUAAUAAAUGGCUUAAUUUACCAUUCCUUUAGAAUGUAGUGCUGUUGUUGAAAAAUAAACAACUACAAUUUGUGAUAUGAUUUUUCAUAACUUAAAAAUGUUGAUAAAAGGUUUUAAAAAAAAAAGGAUUUUUAAAUAUUUAAAAACAGGACCAAAAAAAAGUUAAAUAUUUAAUUUAAAAUGUGUGAUCAGUCUGAUAAUAAGUCGCAUAUAUGUUGGUAGAAGAUCUCUUUCUGAAGAAUUAGUUGAUUUAUAUUUGAAGCUUACUUAAUGGUAUGAAAGAUCCAGAUUUAGUUCCAUAUUUUGUUUGUUGACGAAACUUGUUAUAAUGCAUUGUAACAAGGCUGGUCAACUUGGUUUUUGUCUGUUGUGAAUAACUGCAUUUAAUAGAACGAUCAACUGAUAUUAUACACAUGAAUUUAUUUUGGAUCGGAAGUAUUGUCAUAAUUAUAAACAUCUUAGAAUUUUUUUUUAACUUAUGUAGUGCUACAAGUUUGUUGAUGUAAAGCGGGUAUUCCAAGUUGAAAAAGCAUCCUGAUAUGCUUUGAUGCUAAAUUUACAUUAUUUGGGUUGUAAUUGACAGAAUCCUGCUUUCACUUAAUUCAACAAAUGUCCAAAAUUGGGUUUUAAUAGUUACUUUUGCAUUUCAUAAUGGUGGCAGUGUGCUAUUAAUAGUGUUUUUUAAGCAUAUAUCUAAACUAAAAUAUUGAUUAGAUUACAUGCUUAAAAUGGAUGAACUAUUUCUUUUUAUUGUAGUAGGUGCUACCAAACAUAAAAAACAAGCCUGAAUUGUUCCGCUAUUACUGCACAUUUUACCAUUUCACAAAAGGAUCCAUUAAAUAAAAAAAAUUAAAAAGCCA